CCCGGGCAAGAAUCGCCCCGCGACGUUGUGGCCUGCGCAGGAAGAAGCGGAAGAAGAUGGCGCUCACCAGCUUUUUACCUGCGCCUACCCAGCUAUCUCAGGACCAACUUGAAGCUGAAGAAAGGGCAAGAUCUCAGAGAUCACGACAGACCUCCCUGGUCUCCUCUCGAAGGGAGCCUCCCCCAUACGGAUACAGGAAAGGCUGGAUUCCAAGACUCUUAGAGGAUUUUGGAGAUGGAGGCGCUUUCCCAGAAAUCCAUGUGGCCCAGUAUCCUCUGGAUAUGGGGCGAAAGAAAAAAAUGUCGAAUGCACUGGCCAUUCAGGUGGAUCCUGAAGGAAAAAUUAAAUAUGAUGCAAUUGCUCGACAGGGACAGUCCAAAGACAAGGUCAUUUACAGCAAAUACACAGACCUGGUUCCAAAGGAGGUUAUGAAUGCAGAUGACCCAGACCUGCAGAGGCCCGAUGAGGAAGCGAUUAAAGAGAUAACAGAAAAGACAAGAGUUGCCUUGGAGAAGUCCGUAUCUCAGAAGGUUGCUGCGGCCAUGCCAGUUCGUGCAGCUGACAAGCUGGCUCCUGCUCAAUAUAUCCGUUACACACCAUCUCAGCAAGGAGUAGCAUUCAAUUCUGGAGCUAAACAGAGGGUUAUUCGGAUGGUAGAAAUGCAGAAAGACCCAAUGGAGCCUCCAAGAUUUAAGAUUAAUAAGAAAAUUCCCCGGGGACCACCAUCUCCUCCUGCACCUGUAAUGCACUCUCCUAGUCGGAAGAUGACUGUAAAGGAGCAGCAGGAGUGGAAGAUCCCUCCUUGUAUUUCCAACUGGAAGAACGCUAAGGGGUAUACGAUUCCACUAGAUAAACGGCUGGCUGCUGAUGGAAGAGGUCUUCAGACUGUCCACAUCAAUGAAAAUUUUGCCAAACUGGCUGAAGCCCUAUACAUUGCAGAUCGGAAGGCUCGAGAAGCGGUGGAAAUGCGAGCCCAAGUGGAGAGAAAGAUGGCUCAGAAAGAAAAGGAGAAGCACGAAGAGAAACUCAGAGAAAUGGCCCAGAAAGCCAGAGAAAGGAGAGCUGGGAUCAAAACCCAUGUGGAAAAAGAGGAUGGAGAGGCCCGAGAAAGAGAUGAAAUCCGUCAUGACAGGCGAAAAGAGAGGCAGCAUGACCGGAACCUUUCCAGAGCAGCUCCUGAUAAGAGGUCCAAACUACAGAGAAAUGAAAAUCGAGAUAUCAGUGAAGUCAUUGCUCUUGGUGUGCCCAAUCCUCGAACUUCCAAUGAAGUCCAGUAUGACCAAAGGCUCUUCAACCAGUCCAAGGGUAUGGACAGUGGAUUUGCAGGUGGAGAAGAUGAAAUUUACAAUGUUUAUGAUCAAGCCUGGAGAGGUGGCAAAGAUAUGGCUCAGAGUAUCUAUAGGCCGAGUAAAAAUCUAGACAAGGACAUGUAUGGUGAUGACCUCGAAACCAGGAUAAAGACCAACAGAUUUGUUCCUGAUAAAGAGUUUUCGGGUUCAGAUGGUAGAAAGAGAGGCCGAGAAGGACCAGUUCAGUUUGAGGAAGAUCCUUUUGGUUUGGACAAGUUUUUGGAAGAAGCAAAACAGCAUGGUGGGUCUAAAAGACCUUCAGAUAGCAGUCGCCCCAAGGAACAUGAGCAUGAAGGCAAGAAGCGAAGGAAGGAGUAGAUGGGCCUCUUGAAAUUAAAUCUGACGUAUACAGCAGAGGACUGCCUGGUCUGGCCAGAGUGAGAGAAAAUGGACCUAACCCUCAAGAGACUUGAGACCACAAAGAAUGGGGAAGCCUGGGGGUGGGGGGUGGGGUGGGGCAUCCUCUUGGAGACAGGGGAAGAGGAAUUUUUGGAGAGAUGAUGGGGAGGGGGAUAACAACUGGACUGUAUUUAAAAAAAAAUUAAAAAAAAAAAAAAAAAAACCAAAUCUGGGUGAUAGAUCCCAACACUCCUUCCAUCCAGGAGAUAGAGGCAAUGCAUAUUCUGUUUCACAGUAGUUUUUAUAAAGAAUGGUCUGUGUUUGUGCUUCUCCAAUCUUGCAGCACUUAUAAAAAAUACUGCCCCUGACAAAAUUGAGGCUACUUCCUUGCUAAUCCAGGGGUAAAAUUUUCUGUAAGAACUUUAUGAAUUACCCCAAAUGGUUAGUAGGUGGAUGCUCAUACACUCGAAUUAUGCUGGCAGAUGCAUUUGCCCUGUUGGACUCUUCUACUGUGCAGUGGGGAAACCAAGUUCUUGCUUAGUGCAAACUAGUUUCAAAAAAAAAAAAACACAUUUAG